CCUCUCCCUCUCUCUCGAAGCCGGCCCAUUCAAACCAGACAGCGCCGCCAAAACAAACGGCAGAGAUGCCUCUUCUGCCAGUAAAUCUUCACGACGCACCGCCAUCCACCACCGUCGACAUCCCCGAGCAUGAGGUCAGCCACAACGGUCACCUCCGUGCAGGAAGCCAAACCACAGAGCACAACCUUGCCGAGCUUCUCUGCCUAGCCGCUGAUGCAGGCCGUGCCACGGAAAUCCCUCUAGCGGAGCUUGAACGGCCUCUCCCUUUCAUCCUCACCUUCCACAACCUCACCUAUACCAUCAAAACCCGAACUUCAAAGACAUUCCCUUCCCUUCUCCGCCGCAUCCAUCUUGCAUCAGAUGGAAACUCUCACCCUCCCCGCCGCACCCUCCUCGACUCCAUCUCCGGCGAGGCUCGCGAAGGGGAGAUCCUCGCUGUAAUGGGAGCCAGCGGUUCCGGAAAAUCCACCCUCAUCGACGCCCUUGCUGAUCGCAUCGCCAAACCAAGCCUUGGCAAAGGUGGCAUCUUUCUCAACGGUGAGCCCUUAGAAUCCAAGAUUCAGAAAACAAUUUCCGCCUACGUGAUGCAGGAUGACCUUCUCUUCCCGAUGCUCACGGUCGAGGAGACCCUCAACUUCGCCGCCGAAUUCCGACUCCCGCGUUGGCUCUCCGCCUCAAAGAAACGUGCUCGCGUCCAGGCUCUAAUCGACCAACUGGGCCUCCGCGCUGCUGCAUCCACUAUAAUCGGCGACGAAGGCCACCGCGGAGUCUCCGGCGGCGAGCGCCGUCGCGUAUCCAUCGGUACAGACAUCAUCCACGAUCCCAUACUCCUUUUUCUCGAUGAGCCAACUUCAGGACUUGACUCCACCAGCGCAUUCAUGGUCAUGAAAGUGCUGCAGAGGAUUGCGAGCUCUGGAAGCGUUGUGGUGACUUCGAUCCACCAGCCUAGCGCCAGGAUUCUGAAGCUUCUUGAUAGGCUAUUAAUACUAUCGAAGGGGAGUACCGUAUUCUUUGGGAGUCCGGACGGGUUAUUGAACUUUUUCGCCGAUUUCGGGAGGCCCAUCAUUCAAGGGGAGAACAGGGCGGAGUUCGCCCUCGAUGUUGUUCGGGAACUGGAGGCUGAGCCCGGAGGCGCUGAAGGGCUCGUCCAGUUCUAUCGUUCGCGGACUCAGGGCUCUGUUUCAGCUCUGCAAGACUCUCGUUUUAUUCGUCCCCCUUCUUCGGCUUCCACACUGCAGGCGGCUAUUACUGCCAGUAUCUCCCGCGGGAAACUCUUCGCCGCCACCACCAUCGGAGCUUCAUCAUCAGCAGCAGCAGGAGGAGGCAAGGUGCCGCAGUUCGCCAACCCCUUACACGUAGAAUUCGCCGUCUUAACUCGACGCUCCUUUACCAACACCAGCCGCAUGCCCGAGCUCUUCUUCAUGCGCCUCGGCUCCGUCUUAGUCACCGGCGGCAUCCUCGCCACCGUCUUCUACCGACUCGAUUCAUCCCCUCGCGGCAUACAAGAGAGACUCGGCUUCUUCGCCUUUGCCAUGUCCACUAUGUACUACACUUGCUCCGACGCCCUCCCCGUCUUUCUUCAAGAGCGCUAUAUCUUCCUCCGCGAGACAGCCUACAACUCCUACCGCCGCUCCUCCUACGUCCUCUCCAACGCCCUCGUCGCCCUCCCCUCCCUUAUCCUUCUCUCCCUCGCCUUCGCUUCCGCAACUUUUUCCGGUGUCGGACUGGCCGGCGGCCCAUCCGGCUUCCUCUUCUACUUGCUUAUCAUCCUCGCCUCAUUUUGGGCUGGAAGCGGCUUCGUCACCUUUCUCUCCGCCAUCGUGUCUCAGGUAAUGCUUGGCUACGUCGUCGUUGUCGCCGUGCUGGCUUACUUCCUCCUCUUCAGCGGCUUCUUCAUCAACCGUGACAGAAUACCAGACUACUGGAUUUGGUUUCACUACCUGUCGCUGGUUAAGUAUUCGUAUGAGGGGGUUCUGCACAACGAGUUUGGGGAAGGUGGCAAGUGUUUUGUGAGAGGAGUGCAGAUAUUUGAUACGACGCCGCUGGGGAAGAUGCCGGAGGAGAUGAAAGAGAAGGUGCUGGCGGCGAUUGGGGGGGUGCUGGGUAUCAGCAUAUCGCCGGAGACGUGCCUGACGAAGGGGAUGGAUAUACUGAAGCAGAAUGGGGUGACGCAGCUGGGCAAGUGGUGGUGCCUUGUUGUCACCGUGGCUUGGGGGUUUUUCUUUAGGGUUUUGUUCUACUUGGCGCUCUUGCUUGCGGGGAGGAACAAGAGGAGGUAAAUUUAGCUGAAGUCGUAUUUGAAAGGAAAAAAAAGAAGAUUA